AUGUUCGUUCGAUGGAUGGUUUUGGUACUUCUCCUUUUGCCCUUAGCAUCGAGCGCGUCGGCUCCGCCGAAAUUUGAACAUAAAAAGUCCACGAUGCUGUCAUUUGAUUUACGUCGAAAAACCAAACAUCACAGACAUAGAAAUACGACUGCAGUAACUACAACACCUGCACCAACAGCAGACAGCGAUCAAGAGGAAAUGGAAUUUACACUUCGCGUAUGUUGUAUUAUAAUUGUUUGUUAUUUUUUUUAGUGAUUUGCGUGAACAUGUAAUGCAACGCCCAAACGCGCCUAACACUAAUUUUCUACUCUAUAUCAGCUUUAUUUUCGUUUGAAAGCUUUAUAUUUGACUGGUUUCUUGCAAAGGUAUUUCUAUCAGCGUUUUUACAUUUCUUUUUUUUUUUGUUUGUUUUCCCAUAGAGCACCUCCUAUGCUUAUGUUAUCGAGUUGGAUCUAGGCACACCCCCUCAACGGGUAAUUGUAUUUGUUCAUCAUGAGAAUGCAAAUAAAAUGUGAACUUGCUUAAAUCGUUAUCGAUAGAUAAUGAGAUAUGUUGUUUAACAGAGUAACUGGUCACAAUAGAAGGGAAAGCUAGCUGCUGAAUAACUUAAAGGCGGAAAGACUUUGGUCAGUCGAGGAGCGUACUGGACCCAUAAGCGGAGGGGGGGGGGGUUUCAAGCUAUGAUCACCGCACAUUUCACAUAACUUUAGCUCUGCAAGUCUAUUUUCCAAACGAGCAGUGUUUCCCAGUUUAAACUUUUCUUUCUUCUCGUUGCCUUUCUGUUUAACAAUGUACUUAAACGUGAUCUUUUUCGCUUUAUAAAAUUGGAGGGAACAUUCUCACGCCUAAAUCGAGUUUAAUCCACGAAUCUGACUUAUUUAAACAAAGGCCUAGCUAAUUUUCCCAUUCUAUUACUUUAAAGCUGGAGUUUUUGAUUGAUACUGGUUCCUCCAACAUGGCUAUUGCAGGUAAGAGUUUGGCUGAAACAUGAUGAAAAGGAUCUUCGAGAGUUGAUCAUUUCUUUAGCGAGUGGACGAAGUGAGAUACUGUUUAACAUUAAUCUAAAAUACGGCCGCCUCGUGAAGACCGCUGAAAAUAUUUUCCGUCUUUUAAAGUGCUUACAUCAAUUCUAUUGGUCUGUUUAAUCUACUAGCUGCGUAUUUUCAGCCUUACGAAGAGGAAACCUUAGUCAAAGAGAUUGUGGCUAGGGCAAUGUCAAAUUCUGAGCAACUCGUACCCACCCCUCCCCUAACCCAACACUAACCCUUACUUGUUAUCGAUUGACUGUUGCUGUAUUAGGGGAGGGGUAGGUGGGCAGUUUUUCAAAUACAUACAUUGAUCCGUGUGGCCUUAUAGCUGAGAUUUUUCAAACAGGUGGUCGCCCAAAGGUGUAGGAGCACGAAACAAAGAUGUCACGCCCUGCACUUCACACCUUUGCCCGGAAAUUUGAGUGCCUGCGCUUCAGACAUUAGUUAUAAUAUGAUAAAGGUAAAAAGUUAAAAUAAAAAAUAAUUCAAAUUGUGUCUUCUUUGUGUCUCGCUUCUGAAGGCCCAGAAUGUCAAGAUGAAAUGGAUCAUGAGUGUCAGAUAGAGACCUUCUAUCAUCCAGAAAAGUCCAAUACAUCGGUAGAUCAACAUAUUCCAGUGAGUGCUUUUCGUAUUUCAUCUUAUAAUUGAAAUACCUUUCAAAGUAAAAUGAAAGAACAGUCAAUUUUUAUCGCCUGGGAGUGGGCUGAGUUGGGGAGGGGGAAAGUCGAGCAUUUUCAAGGGAUCACAUGACUUUCCGGUGGAACUGAGGGGGAAUCAGUAGUCGUCAACAUAGUAUAAGGAGGGGAAUAUAGAAAAUUAUAAGGGGGGGAGAAUCAUUAAAAUAUUACAGCGCCUUAGGGUGGGAGUAAGUAAAUUUCAUCGUGACACAACCAAAAUCUACCACCCCCCCCCCUCAGGCGAUAGAGGAUGACUGGUCUCUUAUUCCAAGGGAUUUUGUCGAGUGCUUAACAGUCGAUAAAUGUAUGAAAGAUCAUACAGGUGUGACAAACCUGUAGCUGGUUUCUUUCUGAAUUAGGAUAUUUUUUCUUGUCCUGCAGAUCGAAACAGAGUACGGUAAAGGGGCGUGGUCGGGGGAUAUUUAUCUCGAUGUUGUGGCCUUCCCAGGUGAAGGUAAGAUGAAUUUGAUGCCUACCAAGUUAAAAACCACAGGGUAAAGGGAUUUUUGAUAUAUGUGGUGUGUAUUGUGAAUCCAGCCGCUACAGAAUCUUUCACCUCUCUACUUCUUGGUUGUCGCCUUAACUUGUGAGACAAAAAAGUUCAGCAACGAGGCUUUUCCGCAUCAAUGAUGUUUGGGUUAAAGAAAAACGGGAACAAUGUCAGUAUCUAAGCACCUAUGCACCCACCCCUCCCCUGGCUGACCGGACAACCAUCGACUGAAAACAACUCAGGAUAAAUGUUGGGUUAAGGGAGGGGUAGGUGCGGAGUUGUUCAAACCAAUUCUUUUUCUUAGCCACCGUUAUUUCCAUGUUGUUCUUUACUGUUGUGUAAAUCAUUUCAGCAGGUCGGGUAUGCGUCAUACAAGGAGGGAGGGGGGAGAGAGGGUUGAAAAAGGAAAUAGACUGGUGACGAGCUUGUAAGAUUAGCAUGACACAAAAUAGGUGUUCAGUGUUUAAGGAGAUUCUUUUCCCAUUUUUGAAUCCUUUAGGUCCGAGGACGACAGCAGAAUUUGCGGUCAUAAGGCACGAAAAAGACUUCUUCCUCAGUAAGAUGGAAUUGAAGUAACAGUUUUUAAAAUUUGUUUUUUAAAACAAUAUAUUUGCUUACAAAAACUUUAAAAAGUUUAUGCGAGCAAAUGUGUUUGCUUGCACUUUGUAAUAAUUUAUGCGACGGUCGUUAACCAUUUUAAUUCUCGAAGUGACUAGCAACCAAUUUUUCCUUACAGUAUCAUCACUAAGUGUGAACUUUUUUAUGACUGUAAACGGUUAAAUUUGUCAAGUUUUACACUUAACAGUCAACCUGACCCAUUGAGACCCUCUAAAAUGUUCUUAAAUCACGACGAAAAACUGCAGGUCAACAGGCAUUUCGAUCUCGAUAAAUUCUCUUGGUAUUCCGCUGACACUGAAACAGACGAUAUUGUGGAGAUUUCAAAACUUACCACCAAUUCGACUUACUUCGUUUUUCACCUCAUCAAUGCAGGAAAUUCCAUAAAUGAGGGGAUUCUUGGCCUGGCGUAUAAAACCCUGGCGACUGAUGAUGUACAGGUACUUAUUAGUUUUCACCAUUGCAAAUAUUUGUUUUUCAAAAAAAUUCUGCUUUAGAGCUUUUGCUUGCAAGCAAAAGCUCUAAAGCAGGAAUUGGCAAUCAAUUUUUAUAUGUCCUCUUCAUACUCUGUUGGUGAACACCGAUCCCCCUCCGUUUCCGCUGGAAACCAUGAGAUCCCCCCCCCCUCCCCCUUACCGUUUCAGGCGAUAAAUAAUAAUGACUAUUCCAAACUAAGACAAAAGUUUUCUUUCACAUUUUUCUCGUAGCCAUUGUACGAUCAGCUCGUCCAGGAUAACAAAGUUCCAAAUGUAUUCACUCUAGGGCUGUGUAAUGGAAUGGUGAGCGAAUUUGAUCUCUAUAUUUUAUCUGUAAUUUUUUGAGUAGGUUAAUCUACAUAGCUUGGUUAGAUUAGUCGUAAUCGUUUCCGAAGGCGUCCAAAUAUUACCGAUUGGUUCCGAUGAGUUACAAAACAACCUCGUCCUUAGUUUUCUCCCGAUAUAUUUCAGAGGUUUUGAGGAAAAUGGAAUUAUUUGUUCCUCCCUCUUUCUUGAUCUGAGUUGAUUUGAUUUUAUGUCUGUUUUUCAAAUAUAUGCUUCUUUGACAUUGAUUGACCGUAAAUAUGAGCUGGUGUAGCGUGAACAGUUUCGUUUCGCAUGUGUGAGUGUUCAUGUCAAGAGGUAUCUCUAAAAAAUGAACAUUUCAUUUUUCCAAAGGGUAAACUCUGGCUGGACGCUCCAGAACCGUCGGCGUAUCGCGGGCCUAUUCACUACACGAGCAUUAAUCAAGAGACCUGGUACAGCGUUUCCAUGACAGGCAUUGUAAGUGAGUCUAUCGUUAUGUAUAACAACCUGAUGAAUGUGAAGUCAGAAGAAACCGAUUGUUUAAAAAGACCAUACGUAUCAUUUUUUACUUGUUAUCCUUGUACUGGACAUGGUUUUCCUAGGUAAUUAAGUGUUAUCAACAGAGUUGACAACGUAAAUUAACGAUCGCAAAGAGUUUAAAGGCUGACGUUUCAGCGUUAGCCUCUGACAAAGGGCUAACGCUCGAAACGUCAGCCUUUAAACUCUUUACGUGGCCAACUGACGUUAUCAACUCAGUUGAUAAUACUAAAUUACCCUGUUACACUCUCCCGCCAACGCAGUACCACAGUUUCCCUUGAAACUUACCCCCUCUAUGGCUUUCCUAGCUCGAGUCUACCUAACUCGAACGUACGAACGCACAAGUAAGCCUGCAUUAGAGCGCUUUUUAAUUGUAUUGAGAGUCGAAAAACCAAAAACAAAUUAAUUCCAGCGACCGGUCAGAGUCAAGGUUUAUAUUAUCAUUAGCCAAUGAGAACUCAAAUUAAAAACAAGCAAACUGCCUGAAGCGCGGGAAAAACGCGAGCGACCAAGUGGUAAGUGGUUUAAGUUUUGCUUUUGAUUGGUUGAGCGAGUGAAUCCAUCAUAGAGCAAAGGAAUAAAACAAAAGCAAUCCCGGGUUACUUUCUAUGUUACUAAGUAACGUAUAACGCUUCUUCAUUGUUUCUUUCUGUUCCCGUGUCAUUCCUGAACUAUGAUAUUUUGGAGAACUAGUUAGGUUUUCUCAAUGAUGACAGGAAGACGCAUGACCAGAAAUACUACGAUUUCCGGUUGAGUGAAACGCGACAGAAGUUUGGCGACCACGUUUUGAUGUUAAAAUCUUGUUGUUGUCAGGAGCAACCGGCUCUGUUUCCAAUGGCAACGUUUCGUUUGACCGCUUUUAGCAAGCUUUCACGUUCGACGGUUGGGGACGGACGAUUUUUGAGAUUCGGUCACUACUGGAAAUAAGGAAGAUCGCCUUUAGACAAAACCGUAAUUUUUACCAUCAAAGCCCCGUUACCAAACUUACCCGCGCCUCACUCAACUGAUAAUCGUAGUACCAUUGCUAAUUUUAUUAUGAACUCUUAAACGCGAACAACAAGAAAGUGCAGGUCUUGCUGCCCUUACCCACUUGGCCGCAGAACCAGACAGCUGAUUUGUACGGCUCUUAUAUUCAUCUUUCAGGAUGUUGCUGGCAAUAGUUUAGGUUUUUUACCUCCUAGUUUCUCAGCCGCCAUUGUUGACAGUGGUAAGUACUUCCAUGGUGCACAUGCACAUUUUGUUUUCAGUGAAAGAUUUCCCCUUUAAUUAACACUUUUGGGAGCACUGCGGAGGUGUUCGCGGGCUCGCUCACUCGUUGCUUGAUGUGGGCGCAUGCUACUGAUUCUGCUCAAUUAACAAAGAACAUUUUCCUUUUUAAGGCACAACGGAUAUUUUAUUACAACCUGAGAUUUACGCAGCAGUUAUAGCACAACUGAAGGAGGUAAGAAAUUAUUUUUUUUAUUUUUUCGAGACAAUUUUCUUACUAAAUGAUCCUCUGGACGAUCACAACUUGCAAAAAGGGGUCAGUCCCGCAUAUAGAGAUCUGGUAUCCAGUCCACUCAAUCUACAACCUUUUCAUUUUAGAAGUUUCUUCAAAAUGGCAGCACUUAACAAAGACUGAUUAGGGUUCUGGGUGUAAAGGUCCAGUUGGAACCUUAGCCGAGUUCAUUACGCGUUUUGUUCCUGGAAAGACACUUUAUUUAAAGAGUGCGUCUCUCUUACCAGGAGUCUAAAUGAGUAUCUCUCCCUUCUCCCCCCCCCCCCCCCCCAAAAAAGAGUCAUGGAAAGCUAUUAAAUUGUUGGACAAAUACCCUACCAUGUUGCGGUUUUCCCUCGACUGAGAGGAGGAAAGGGGUUAGUGCACGUGAUCGUUGAAUCGCAUCUUUCGAUGCAAAGUAAGCUCCGAAAAUAACGUAUUCCUUAGCGAAACUGUAUAUCCUAAUUGUUAAUGUGUUUCUGCCCUUCUUUUUUCCUUUGUCUUGCCAGCGUGGUCCUCCUGUUGAUGAACGCUUCUGGAAGAGUUACUGUGUUGACACAGAUCCCUACCAGUGGCCUUACAUUACUAUUUACCUAAAAGAUAUGAGUAAGUAAAGAAUACUUCUUCCCUGUACUAGAUUUGCCUUUUCUUAAAAUAAGGCAGCUUCAUGUCAGCUUUUCCCUCGCUCUAUUUCAUAAUUUAUAGGAUUAUAAGUCGUUUAGUCGAACUAGAGAUUACAAAUUGCUUGCAGAGCACCUUCUUAAGAUAACGAAAUUUUCUGGCGUUCCUGCUUCUUCUUAAACAUAGUGCUUAAGCUGACUUAAUCCGGCAUUUUCUCUGCUCUUAGAGCGUGUUGCAAAAAAAUUCCUGCCUGGAUUCGAUGGUAACUUUAAGCUUGUAAUUAAUUAUCAAUGUGGUUUUUCUAGUCGUCUUACUAUUUUCGAAGUUAACCUUGUUAUCAUUUUUUGUAGUUGGAGGCUCAUUCGGACUGACCGUUCUUGGAAAGCAUUAUGUCAGAAAACAGGAGUAAGUCAUUGUGUAAUGUCAUUAACAAAUUAUGAAUACUUAGAAUUCUUAUAACAGUUACAAAUUUUUUUGAAUCGCUGUUUCAGUUUCAAAAUGCGUAAAAUGGGAAAAGAUGUUGGGGAUUACAACGAGUACGAAAAUGUUUUGCUAAUCUUCUCGUAAAAUUGCAGUGUUUUUCCCAUUCCCGCAUGCGCUUCAGACAUUCAUGUUUGAGAGGGAGAUUUUGUGAGUCCGACGCCAUUGACGGCUAUAGAGUCGUGUGUGUAGCUUAAUGCAUGUAUGUCUACUGAUUUUUGAAUAUAUUGGACUUACAACUGAGCACCAGAUGUUGUCCGAAAUUGCGUUCAUUUCAUUUUGCAUUGUGACACUCUAUGAUUGGUCUGGAAAACUUGCGCCACUUUCGCAACCAAUCAGAUACAAAAUUAAAACCAACUGCAGGUCACUCGCGUUUCUCGCGUUUUACUCUUACUGCGUGUUGACUCCGAGCUCUCAUUGGCUCUCUGCGGUUUUUUACUUGUUUUGAUUGGCUGUUGAAUACCAGGAUGUAAUUCCUUUUUUUUUCCUGUUUACAUCUCUCCUCAGCGAGUUUCAUUGCCUUAGUAUUGGUGCCAAACCCUCAGGGGCUGUGUUGGGUGAAGUUGUCAUGGAGGGGAACGUAGUAGUGUUUGAUCGAGCCAAUCAGAGGAUUGGAUUUGCACCAAGUAACAUGUCCCAUCCUGACGUUGGACAAUGUGGUAAGAGAGGGCCUGGUAAAGGUUUUUAUUGGUAUGGGAGUGUAAUACUAGUUGGUUGCUCGAGACUUUUACAACCAGCAGCAAGUUAAUUGAGACAUUUCAGGCUUUUCUUUCCUUUCCUGAAGUGGUGUUCUUCCUCAUUUUCACCCCCUCCUUACAUAUUCUUGAGAAAAUUUGUCUCAUAUUUAGGUAGCGUAAGAUUUCUGCAGGGUGCCUCUGACCACAAGAAGAUAUGAUAGAAAAUUUCAAACAAAACCUAUAGAUUUAAAGGGUCUCCAAAAGGUUUUCUUGUUGUUAUUUAUUCAGAUAAGACCUUCAAUGAAAUGUGUUCAAGACACGAUGCCACUUGCAUUUCACUUGCACUUCACUUGCAUUUCACCUAAUCAGUUCAUUCUUCCUUCUCAAUUAGGAAUUCGGUAACUUACUCUAUACUCACACUCUGAUAUUAAAGCAUAAUUUGCAAAUUAAUACCAAACAUCAAUUUUUUUUCCAGGGAAUCCUAUUCGUGUAAACAAUACUGUCAAAGGUAGGAUCACUGUAACAAAAUUGAGUGAAAUUUAACGUUUAAAAGAAGCUCUUCGACGCGAUCACCAGGGUAUAAGUAGCAUCAUCAUAACGGCAGAAGUACCUACCCCUCACAGUUGACUGUUGUUGAGUAUAGGGGAGGGGUAGGUGCGCAGUUACCCAGAUACUCAUAUUAGUCCGAAUUAUAUGCAAUUUCUGUAAGAAUUUUCACGUCCCGUCGUCGUUUUAGUUGUCCAUGGGUUGGCGGGCUACUUUAGAAAUCUACCAUUUUAGUCACCAGUGCCUUUCGGUUGUUGCAGGUUGAUUUGGGGGUUGUUCGUGGCAGCUGAUUUUUGUCUGCAGGUUCUCCAGGUUGGGGUGUUCGGGCUUCAAAUUACUCCACCCAGUUUUGGUAGCCAUUUUACCCUUGUAACUUAUCUGUUUUUAGAUGAACUCUACAUUCACAUUUUUUUCUGCUUCUAGGGCGUCUACACAAGUAUUGCCGUGCUCCCAACAUGCCCCAGGAGACGUGUUUUAUGGGUUGCAAGCCUUGUAUCGAAUAUGGUGGCGUGUGGUGCCCUAAGGGUCACGUGGUUGUCUGGAUUAAUGGAGUCAGGUAGACCAUCAAAUUUUCGUUGUCAUUAUCUAUCACGGGGGGGGUGAGGCGGAGGGUUUUGUGUGGGGGGGAGGGGUCACGGGGAGGAUCUGCUGUUGCCAACAGGGUGUAAAGGGGGAACCAUAGAACACUGACUGCCAAUUAAAUUCCAAUGGGGGGGAGGGGGAAUCACAGGAAUUUUAAAUAGCCUUAGGGGGGAAUCAAGUAAAUUUUAUCGUGACUAAUCCAAAAUCGUCCAGCCCUCCGAGAGGAUAAAUAACGACCAGUCCCUUAGUUGUAAUUCAACGGCCUGUCAGAACCCUAAUUCUGAUUGACAGUUAUCAAAUCGAAAAUAUCUUUUUUAACUUUUUUUCAAUCGCAGAUCUGUUCUCAGCACCAAAAAGGGCUUCUGCUGGCCAGGUAAGCUCUGGUGCGUGGAAGAGGUUAAAUAAUCGGAAUCCUUCUGAGCAUAGCCUUUUUUUCCACGAAGUGCCGUCUUGGUUUUUCUGAGAUGUUUACAAUUAAACUUUUGUAAAAUUGUUCUCUGCAAUAUAACAACUUAUUUCAUACUCAACAGGAGGCCUUUUCACCUUAGAUGAUACGAAAGUUCAAACCUUUCUUACGGGACAUGGCAGCGCCGAAUUCCAGGCAUAUUGCGAAUCGUUUGUUCCGAUGUAUAAACAGUGUUCAGGUGAGCAAACCAAAUCAAAGGUACUAGUAGCCUAACUAUCAGUCCUUCCAACGGAAGGGAGAGUGGGGCUGAGCGAAAGUUAGCCCUAACCCCUCCCCCCUUGGAAAGCCUGGUACUUAUGAUCAGGCUAUGGAAUCACGUGCAUAAGAGGUUGUUACUACUGAAAAGAAAGCAUCAGUUCUUGCGCCAACAACGUCAAUAAACAGUUCAUAUGAAAGAACAGCUCAGUAUUUCAUGAGAAUUGAUAAAAUGGUUGGUUACAUUUUAACCGAUUUUAGGAUUGCACGCACAGACUUAGAACCAGCAAAUUACAUAGUACAAUAUCAACGUACUGCCUAAUAGCUUUGUCAAAAAAUAAGGCUGUUCUACAUGACAAUCGGUACUGCAUUAAACUGCCGCUCUUUAGCGCUCACCGUAAGGAUGACCGACUCUCCUUUUAACAGGACUCAAAAGCGCCAAUUCAAAAUCCCAUUCACUAUUUCUCAUUUGAAGAGUUACAUGCUUCCAGUGAAUAGGGUUUCUUCAGACCUUACAGUUGACACCAUAAUGAGCGUUAAAGCAAAAAAUUUAAAACACCAUUAAACAAUGUUUUUAUAUCAAGGUUACAAAGAAGGGUUGUAUUCUGUUAUUAAGUCUUAAAACAGAGAACCAUCUAAGCUCAAUGAACAGUAAGCAUAAUUGUUCUUCAUGGUAACAGGUAACGUUGCCUCCUUACACGGUCGCCCCAAUUCCGUGUCCCCCUUCCCUCAAGUAUGUUUGAGAGCCCCCAACUUUCCAACGUAUUUUGUCAGAGGUUGGUGGCUACCCUUCUUCAAGCUGGGGGCGAUGCAAUCACACUUCGGGGUGACGGAACUUCAAUUAGGGCGAAGAAAUUUGAGGCGACCGUGAAAGGGCGUAGUCACUUACAUUUGUCUUUAUUUUACUGAUCGUACUCAUGGUUACAUAAACAGUAACUAAUGACUGGGAUCUUUGUUUAAUUGCCUCAUUUUGUUUCUAUUUCAGUGGAGGGUAUUUGGGUUUUGCUGAUGAGUGGCACGGUUUUUUUCAUCCUUUGUUCACUGUUCUUGUUCGUGAGCUGUCGAGGAAGCAUUAGAGCUAAAUCGAUCAACAAUCGUCAGAAUCCAGGAAAUGACAGCAAAUCUCCAACACAUCACAAAGAAAGAUUUCCAUCCAACAGAUGA